GAGAGAGAGAGAUAAAGUGGGUGAGUGUAGAUCAGUUUGAGAGAGGUGCUGUGUAACUGUCCUCUUAUAUUAGAAAGCUGGAACAAUAGAAGGUCAUCAGCUGAUUAGCCAUGCGAUUGGUCAGCAUGCCGCAUAGGGGGCGGAGGGCAGCAGAACCUGAGGAGGAGCCUCGUGCCCCACCACCUCCGCCCCCUCCCUCUCAUCACUCCCAUAACUUCAUAAAUAUAAAAAACAAGUUCUUUAAUGAGCUUGGGCAUCUACCAAUGCCCAUGUGGGCAGUUGGAGCCAUAGUUGUGGUUGUGCUUGCCCUGGUUGGCUGCCUUGCUUUCUGCAUCUAUAAGAAGUGCUUGGGAGGAAAGAAGAAGACAAAGAAAGUAAGAGAGAGAAAGGGAGGACGCAGACGGAUGAAACAGGAGACAGAAGGUGAAGCAGGCGAGGAGCAGCCUAAAGAAGGGGAGGGCGAGGGUGAUAAGGAAGCUGAGCUUCUUGGAAAGUUGGAGUACACACUGGACUACAACUUCACUGAAAAUCAGCUCAUUGUUGGUAUCUUACAAGCCCAAGACCUUCCUGCUAUGGACUUAGGAGGAACAUCUGACCCUUAUGUCAAAGUUUAUAUGCUACCAGACAAGAAGAAAAAGUUUGAGACAAAAGUCCAGCGCAAGAACCUUUGCCCUGUUUUCAACGAGACUUUCAUUUUCAAGAUCCCCUUUAAUGAUCUUGCUGGUCAGACUCUGGUCCUGCAGGUGUUUGACUUUGACCGUUUUGGUAAACAUGACGUAAUUGGAGAGAUCAAAAUCCCAAUGAACAGUGUUGACCUGGGCCAGCCCAUACAUGAAUGGAGAGACCUGGUUGGAGGAGAGAAAGAAGAACAAGAAAAACUGGGUGACAUCUGUAUCUCCCUGCGCUAUGUGCCCACUUCAGGAAAGCUCACUGUCUGUAUCAUGGAAGCCAAGAACCUAAAAAAGAUGGACGUGGGUGGUUUAUCAGAUCCUUUUGUGAAAGUGGUGUUACAACACAAUGGAAAGCGGAUAAAGAAGAAGAAGACAACAGUUAAGCAGAACACACUGAACCCCUAUUUCAACGAGAGCUUUAGCUUUGAAAUCCCCUUUGCUCAGAUACAGAAAGUCCAGGUGCUGAUCACAGUCUAUGACUAUGACAAACUGGGCAGCAAUGAUCCAAUUGGGAAGUGCUGGAUCGGGUUUGGCGCUAGUGGCGUGGGUCUGCGCCAUUGGUCAGACAUGCUGGCCAAUCCCAGACGGCCUGUGGCACAGUGGCACACACUUCAGCCUGAAGAAGAAGUAGAUGCUGCCCUUAAGGCACCUAUACGCUAAAACAUAUAUAUUUGUAUGUUGACCAGUCAAACAACAGAUUUGGAAAUACUCAUUUGCAGAUACCUGUAUUCACACACCUGCCAUCAUAUUUGACCAUGUUGAGAAUGACUGUAUUUUUAUGCUAUUUGCACUUGUCCGAUGUGUACAUAUUAGAAAAACACUAUUUUCAAAUAAACUCUUUACUUUUGGCAACACACCCUUUAAAUCAGUAGUUAAUACACAUCUGUCCCCUUACUUAGGAUAACUCAACUUUCAUUCCUUCUUUACUUUGAAACACAAGCUUAUAAGCUUUUAUUCUGUUUAUUAUGUACAUCAAGUUUGUGUUUCUUAUUUUAAGGUCUAUUAUAUGUGGAUGAUUAUGUGUUUUGUUUAACAGUGUGGAAUGUUUGGAUUUGUGACCAUGUCUGUGAAAUUCAGGUUAAAGUCUCAUAAUCUCUUUAAUGAGAGUUUGAUUUUACUUUAAUUUACUUAGACAAAAUUAAAGAUAUAAUGCUAUUUACAUUUUUGUAAGAUGAUUUUAUGUAGAAACCAGUAAUGACUUUAGCUGAAUGUGUUUUCACAGACAGGGUCACUUUUGUUCAUAACUACAGAACCAUCAUGAUUUGUGUUUUCUUUUUGUAAAUUGAGAUCACUAUAAAUAAACC